AUGAGGGCCACCGCGGUUAUUUACGUCCUCGUCGCCUGGGCGGUUCGCUGCGCCUUGACACAGGAGCUGGAAGACAUUCCGUACUGCUCCCGGAUAUGCUUCACAGUUGGAAAUUCUGAGUGGUGCAGCCUCGGAAAGACGUCCAACUGCGUUUGUAGACAAAGCAUCGCCAGCUACUACCGCGGAAAGUUCAAGAGCUGUAUAGAGAGUAGCUGCCCAGGAGACGUAACGUUCAAAGAGGCCUAUGCCGCCUUUGCAGCGUACUGUGUCGCAAAUGACUGGAUAGAUGCCGCCUCAACAGCAUUGGGCGAAGCAACAACGGUCACCAUCGGACCAAUCGUCAUAGUCACGCCGACGACUACAGUAACAGGGUCUGGUGGCUCUGCGGCGACUAUCACGUCGGAGAUCACUGCAACAACAGGAGGAUCUGGGUCAUUUACGACAGGAUCAGCAACAACUGCAAACCCCUCUACUGAACCGACGGCGGAAACGGCACCUACGACCGACGGGAGCGACAACAACAAUAACUCUUCUGAUGCAUUGUCAACAGGUGCAAAGGCAGGUAUCGGAAUAGGAGCUGCUCUUGCAGUGGCUUUAGUGGCUGUUAUCCUGUUUAUUUGGCGAAGGAAACGGAAGGCUCUAUCAACCGAAAAAGAUGAGGAAUCGUCGGUCCCAGAGCUCGAUAAUGGAGACGUCUCUAACAGACAUGAAUUGGACUCGAGCACCAUAACUUCUGGGUUAGACAAGACGCACUCUGUGGCAUUCUCAAACCAACAAGGCAUGGCUGAGUUGGACGCAACCUCUGCGUUGUACAAAGGACAGACGAGGCUUGAGGAAGGCGAAGCCACGCCUCCAGUGGAACAAGGCGCGGUCUCAGGCGAGGCUGGAUCCAUGAUCUCGCAUCCUACACCGUCACUGCCACCAGCAACAAAUAUAGCACAGCCUAUGAUUGGAGAUUAUAUCAACUCCAAUUCGUCGGAACCGUCACUUCCAAGCACCGCGGAGUUGGAGCACCUGCUUCAUGAGGAGCAGCUGUUGCGAGAGAGGAGGCGGACUUUGGAGCAACUAAAACAGAUACAACAGGACGAGCUUGCCUUGGGAGAGCGUAUAAGGUUGUUGAGACAGAGGCAUAGCAGCCAAUCGGCAGAGGGUGGGGGAUAA